UCUUUCGGUGUUGUACUUUGGGAGAUCGCAACGUUAGCGGAGCAGCCAUACCAAGGCAUGACCAAUGAGCAAGUGCUCCGCUUCGUGAUGGAAGGAGGUCUGCUGGAAAAACCAGACAAUUGUCCUGAUAUGCUGUUUGAAUUGAUGCGCAUGUGCUGGCAGUACAAUCCGAAAAUGAGGCCCUCCUUCCUGGAAAUCAUCGGCAGCAUUAAAGACGAGCUGGAUCCAGCGUUCAAAGAGGUCUCCUUCUUCUACAGUGAAGAGAACAAGCCUCCGGAUACAGAGGAGCUUGACCUGGAGACUGAAAACAUGGAGAGCAUUCCUUUAGAUCCCUCCUCCACCCUCCAACCCACUGACAAGCACUCAGGACACAAAGCCGAGAACGGCCCAGGCGUGGUGGUCCUUCGGGCCAGCUUCGAGGAGAGACAGCCGUACGCACACAUGAACGGGGGACGCAAGAAUGAGAGGGCCUUACCGUUGCCCCAGUCUUCGGCCUGCUGAUCCUUAGAACCAGAAUCUCACAGAAAAGAAACCCAGAAAAACACGUGCAUUGGGGGAAGAAAGAAAGGAAAUUACAAUAUAUUCAAAAGCCUACUGUACCUCAGUGGAUCUUCAGAACUGCCAUAGCUGCACUUGGGAGAACCCUUUUUUCAGUAAACAAGUUACCGUAUUUUUCUUUUUUCAAUAUGCAAGCAGAUGUUUGUUUCAGUAAAGGACUCCAUUCAUGGGGCACACAGUUGGCCUUUUAAAACUCUAAUGUUAACACUUAAUAGCAACAGAAAACUUGAGAUCUGAUGUCUCUCUCUCUCUCUCUCUCCUCUCUCCUCUUUCUCUUUCUUUCUGUCUCUCUCUUUGCUUCAUAAUGGGAAACAUAUCUGUGUGCAAGUUCAGCCGUACAGCACUUUUAUCAGAUCAAAGAUAUCGCAGGCCAGGUGGCUCCCCGGUACCCUUGCAAGCACCUGCCUAACACUGUAGGUCUUUAUU